AUAUGUAUCCUGAAGAGAUACUCAUUCAUUGCGAUCAAGAUUCGCCGGGCAUGUCAAAGCAGCAAGGUAUUCCUCAGAUGAAACAUUAUGGCGGUUCGAUUGAUACACUGGCAGAGGAGUUUAAUCAGACUUUACAAAAACACCAGCCUGUUGCCGCGUCAUAUAUGUUGGAACUUUACAACGCCAUGCAGAACAAUGACGGCAGUAAUUUAAGAUAUGAAAAAAGGGCUAUCAGAAAAUCAGACACCAUUAAAAGUUUUUCUACAAGGUUAUUAGGCAUUACUCGCCAUGAAGCAACUUCACAACUGCUGUAUCGUUACACCUUUGAUAUUGGUGUUCUAAAUCGUGGAGACAAACUCCGGCUUGCUGAAGUCAGAUUACCGUUUCCAGAUUACCACAUCAUAAAGAAGGUCCGGAUCACGCUUUAUGAAAUCAUUGAAGUACGUUGCCAAGAAGACAACAACAAAACUUGCCAUCAACGGGAUUCAGUUAUUUCACAGAGAGUGAAAAAUGUAUGUUUAAAAAAUAACAACGCCAUGGUGUUGAAAGUCACCAAACUUGUCAGACGAUUGGUGAAGUCGAAGAGUGUAAAUUUCACCUUAGAACUCGGUAUUGCAUAUGACAACGAUGAUACUUUGAAGACAAAAAUGUGGGUUAUCAACAAUGAAGCCAUACUGGUUACAUUCACACAGACACAGAAGAAGUACAAGAAAUCUGACAAGAGACUAUAUCGCCAGGAAAAAAAUAUGUUUCCUGUUAAUCGUGUCAUACGAGCUCCUAACGAAUCCAGUGGAAAACGACAGAAAAAGAGAGGAAAUGGCAAGAAAAAUAAUAAGCUAGUUGACAGACCUGCAUAUCCAUGUGAAAAAUCUGAUCUAAUGAUAGACUUUGAGAAAAUUGGAUGGAGCGCUUGGGUUAUUUUUCCAAAAACUUUUAAUGCUUUUCAAUGUGUUGGAUCGUGUUCCAGUCGAGCGGAUGGUAAUCCCACCAACCAUGCUAUUAUACAGGGCAUGGUCCGCAAAGUGAGUUCAAACCACGUUCCGACUCCGAGCUGUGUUCCUGUAAAAUUAUCGCCCUUAAGUAUGAUAUACUAUGAACGUGGCAAUAUCGUUGUUAAAGAACACGAAGACAUGAUUGUACAGGAGUGUGGUUGCAGAUAG